CCACGACGGCGGCAUCGUGACCAACAGGGGAGGGCCUGACGUCCCAUGGAGCUAGCCAACGCUUGGUGGACCAUUUUAAAAUUCGUAUCAUGGCAUUCGUGGCGCCAACUCUUCAGCCCGAACACGGCUACGUGAUCCUUGUCGUCGUCCUCGUGGCGGUGGUCAACUUUUGGGCAGGGGUGCGAGUUCUUGGCGCCCGCAAGAAAUUCAACAUCAAUUACCCCCAGAUGUAUGCCGAAAAAAGCGACGAGCACUGCCACGAGUUUAAUUGUUACCAACGAGCACAUCAAAAUGUCCUGGAAAACCUGCCAGUCUUCUUGGCGUUGCUCUUCGUGUCGUCGGUGUAUCGACCAACUUGGGCCGCCAUUGCCGGCUUUGUUCGCGUCGUGGGGUUUGUUGUGUACGUAAUUGGGUAUUCCACGGGCGAGCCUGGGAAGCGACAAUAUGGCGCAUUUGGGUUCAUUGCGUUCUUUGCAUCGAUGGGCUUGGCCGUUGAAGCUGCUUGUCGAUUGAUAUCGGCGUAAUGCCGACAUGGGAGCGUGUAAGCGGCUCUGUCAGGAUUUGCAUGUGCAAGGCGGAUUGGUACUAUAAAAAAUGCAUCCUCCUUGCGCUACUCAUUGUCAUCGUCGCCACGUCAAGUCAACCGAGAAAAUUCCAUCGUGCACGAUCUUGGCUUUGAACAAGUAGCAGCUCGUCUUGCCUUGAGUGCAUACGUUCGUACACACAGCACAUUCGACUGCGUCACUGGGUCAUCCAGCAGAAACCACUUCACAACGACGGGUGCCUUUGACGCCGUCGAUUAGGUGACAAUUUCAAUGCCAAUCUCGAGCCUUCCCGUCACACAAGGAAACCAUAGGAGCAACGAUAUCGGUGAUGGCGCGACUCCACUUCUUUUGUCUAGCCCUCGAAACAGCACAGAGCGCGCCAACCUUUCGCCAUGAACUUGCCAAUGUACUUAAACCUGGCACAGGCAUGGGCCUGCGCAUGCAUGAUCAGGACAUGUGAGCUUCAGAUAAAACAAGUGCACACAAAAAAAUAGUGUACAUCAG